GUAACGUUUAAGAUCGUGAAGCAAAACACUUCCGUGAAAUAAUGUUCGAAAGAAUAGUAGUGUUUUUAUGCGUUUUAAUUUUAUCAGAAAUAAAUUUAACUACUGCGGCCUGUUAUCGUAAACCUCAAGGAGCUACGGGAGAUCGUUCGCCCGUGGAUGAAAACUAUCAAAUACUAAUAGAUGGCAAUCCUGCAACCUAUAUACCGGGUCAACAAUAUAAUCUUUCUCUUUCCAGUACGAAUGGUUUAAAGUUUAUAAGUUUUACUUUAUUGGUGGAGGCGGAAACUCCGUCGCUCUUAGCCACCUCUCCUAAUGCAGCAGAUAAUGUUCUGGGCCGCUUUGAGAUAAUAGAUAAUGCCGAGACGCGUUUCAGCACUUUGUGUGAGAAUAUGAUAGAGAGCAGUAAUACUAAUACCAAAAAUCGUAUCGAUGUUGCUUGGAUGGCUCCCUCUGAUGCCCAAGGUGGCUGUGUUUUAUUUAAGGCGGCCAUUUUACAACAUCGCAAUGUUUGGUUUGUAGACGAUGGUUUUCUAACCAAACGUUUGUGUCCCGAGGAAAUUGAUGAAAUCAAUAGUCAAACGCCUCCAGUUAAUCCCUGCUGUGCCUGUGAUGAGGCCAAAUAUGAGAUUACUCUGGAGCGUAAAUGGAUGCGCAAUACCCAUGCCAAGGACUUUCCUUCGGAGGCCUGGCGCACUCGUUUGGGCGAGGUUAUAGGCGCCUCGCAUAGUUUGGAUUUUCGUUUUUGGGAAUAUGGUGGUCGUGCCAGUCAGGGUUUGCAGGAAUUGGGAGAACAUGGUGCCACCAAAACUUUAGAGAAUGAAAUCAAGCAACAUACCUCGACCGGCUAUAUACGCACCAUAAUCAAGGCCCCUGGUAUCGCCUAUCGGCCCAAUGUUAUUGGCAAAACUUUAGCCACUGUAAGAGUAGGACCAAAUCAUCAUGUUAUCUCUUUAGUAUCGAAAAUAGAUCCCUCCCCCGAUUGGAUUUUAGGAGUGUCAGGCUUAGAGCUAUGUUUAGCCAAUUGUACCUGGAUAGAGCAAAAAGUAUUAAAUCUCUAUCCCUGGGAUAUAGGCACCGAUGCCGGACCCUCCUAUAUGUCCCCCGAUCAGUCACAACAUCCUCCUGAUGUUAUAAGACGCAUAACAUCUACCUUUCCCAGUGAUUAUCGUUCACCAUUUUUUGAUGAAACUGGAGCCCCUAUGAAACCUUUGGCCACUCUCACCGUAAAACGCAAACGGACCUAUGAAAGAGAAUGUGAUUUUGAGCAAACUGGACCCUUGGAAUGUUCCACCCACCCCUGGUCUAGCUGGACUGAGUGUAGUGCUAAGUGUGGUGCUGGCACCCAAUAUCGUACACGAGCCUAUAAGGACCCCAGGGUAGCGGAGAGUUUUAACUGUAAAGUGGUUUUAAGGCAAAAUCAAAAUUGUGUGGGGACUCAGUGUGGAAUACAACAACCCGAUUUGCCGGGAGCAGAAUGUGAACUCACAAAUUGGUCUCAAUGGUCGGAAUGUUCGAAAAAGUGUGGCAAAGGAUUUCAGACUCGUACCAGAGAUUAUAGUAAUCCUUAUGCUAAAGAGAAAUGUCAGGCUGGUGUUCCAGUGGACCUGCAGCAAACACGCUCCUGCAAUGGCGAAAAUUGUGGAGGCAGUAUUUAUAGCUCCGCUUACGAUAGCAUUAACAGCGAUAUGUUUAACCAAAAUUUCGAGGAACCAGAACAAGAGCAAAGUCCCUAUCAACCCACAAAAUUUGAAAGAAAACCUUUUAACAAACCUCAACAACAGCGACCCAAAUGGAAAGCCCCGGAAGUUGAGGAAGAUCUAGAAACAAGUUAUGGAGCUCCCUCUUAUAAUCCCAUGAAUUUUGAUAAUGAUAAUAGCAAUUUCAGAAAUCAAGUCUCAAGACCCAUUAUACCUAACGAAAACGAACAAGAAGAGUUUGUUGAUGUCAACAAUAUUUAUGGCAAUGAAAAAUUGAUAGGCGCUAAAGGUCGUCGUCCUUAUGAGGAAGAACAAAUAGAAAAUACCAAUAUAUUUGGGGAGUUAGAAGGCUCAUUUGGGGGUGGUAACAAACGUUUGACAAAUACCAGGAAAUCUAACUUAAAGCCCAACAAACAAUAUGGCUUAGAAACUAAUAGACCCAAUCCUAGGGAAGAGGAUAGUUUCAGUAAUCGUGCUGGUUUUGGCAAUACUGGUAAUACUUUCACUAAGUUACGGGAUCCUUAUGGUUUCAAGACGAUUGAGGGCCAGGGACAGGAAGAAGUUGAACAAGCGGAUAGUUAUUGUUUAUAUAAACCGGUGGGCAAUCCGGAUCCCUGCAACAAGAAACGUUUAAUAGUGAAAAACUAUUGGUUUUAUGAUGCUGAAGAUGGAGACUGUAAACUAUUUACCGCCGAUAAUUGUGAUGAGAAUAAAAAUAAAUUUUGGAGUAUGGAAAGGUGUUUAGAGGCUUGCUCCCAGGUGGGCAUUAAGAGGACUCAAGUAGAGGAAGUGGAUGUGUACAAUAAUAGAGGAGGCUACAUCAAUAGGGGUUUCGAAACCGGACAGCAGCCACCCUAUAGGCCAAGAUGGAAUUAUAGGAAAUAAACAUACUUUAAAUAUUGCUAAAGUCGAAAGAUUUUUUAAGAAAAUUAUUAAAAAUUCAACUAAUUAAGAACUUUUCUCGAAUAAAAACAAUUUUUUUCAAUUAA